GAAAGCCAAAAAGUAGAAAAGGAAAGUGGGCGUGAAGGCGAACGAACGAAGAACUAGAGAGAAGAAGAAGAAAUUCGCACCUUCUUCUCCACAAAUCCAUCAGCUUUCUUCUUCUUCUUCACUGAACAGUUGCAGAUGCAGAUGCCUCAACUCUGAAAUGCAUAACCUUCUCGCCGUCGCGUCCUUUCUCGUUCUUCUUCUCUCUCAAAUCUCAGAGAUCGAUUCGACUAAAUUCAGGUUAGUCAACAAGUGUCGGUAUACAGUUUGGCCCGGAAUAUUGACCGGCGCCAAUCGAACUCCGUUAAACCCAACUGGAUUUACUCUCAAGAGUGGCAAAUCUCGAACCCUUUCUGUUCCCCCUUCCUGGUCAGGUCGACUCUGGGGUCGAACUCACUGUUCUCGAGAUUCCACCGGUAAAUUCUCUUGUGCCACCGCAGAUUGUGCCUCCGGUAAGAUUCAAUGUGAAGGAGCCGGUGCUAUUCCUCCUGCCACCCUCGCUGAAUUCACACUGAAUGGAGACCAAGGCCUUGACUUCUAUGAUGUUAGUCUCGUUGAUGGGUAUAACAUUCCUAUGCUCAUCGUUCCCAGGGGAGGUACGAGUGGCGGAUGUGCCUCCACCGGUUGUUUAAUAGAUCUAAACGGAGCAUGUCCAGCUGCACUAAAGGUAGCUCGCGAGAAUGGUUCGGGAAGUGUGGCUUGUAAGAGUGCUUGCGAAGCCUUUCAUGACCCACAGUUUUGUUGUAGUGACGCUUAUGCGACGCCAGAUACUUGUAGACCGUCGGAAUAUUCAUUGUUCUUUAAGUACGCUUGCCCGCGCGCUUAUAGCUAUGCUUAUGAUGACAAGACGAGCACUUUCACUUGCGCUUCAGCCGAUUAUAUCAUAAUCUUUUGUCCUCUUCCAUACACCAGCCAAAAGUUGUUAGGAGCUCGAAAAGAAGUGGCGGAACUUCCUCUAGUGAACAAAACCAUGAUGUAUUUGCACCACAAUUCAGGUUGAUGAUAAAAAACAGUAAAUAUGAUAACUCGUACAUGUAUAUACUAUUUGCAAUUUCCCAAAAUUUUCGGGUGGUUUCUGAUUUAAGAAGAUGAGCUGAAUAGUCUCAAUUUGGAAUUACAUUAAGAAUACUAGUCGUAAUUGCACGAGCAAAUCAAAUACUGGAAGCGAAUGAUUAAUGGUGGUGCUUAGCAAAAAAAAGAAGAGAAGAUUAAUGGCGAUGAGUCUUUGUAAAACGUGUUUAAGGUACAUAUUAAUGACUCUCACUUGCUUUGUUUUCGUGUAUGAUUUUAGCUGGUUUCUCUUAUUGAUAGAAAAAGCUUUUGGU